GCACUCUCAGGGUCAUCUUUGACAGUUAAUAGGGUUACUCAUUAUAUAAUUGUAGCUGUGCUGUACUUGUCACACAUAAUAACUAAAAAUGAGGUUUCUAACUUUUCGACAUCAUAGGAUAAUCAUAUUUGCUUUUUCAAUGUCUUUGUUUUGUUUCAUAUUGCACUAUAGAUAUAUGAUUAAAUAUCAAACACAAACAAAAAUAUUCAAUUACUGUAAGGAGUCCACGUGUACAGACUGGGAGAACCAUUCUUUUUCGUUUUAUGAAAGAAUGAGACAAGGGCCUGGAGAAAAUGGUCAACCAGUUAGAUUGUCAAAUUCACAAAAAGCUCUGUCAAAAAGAACUCUUAACUUCAAUGGUUUUAAUAUAUUUGUAAGCGAAAAAAUCAAAACAGAUAGAUCAGUAAAAGAUAUCCGAUAUCCGAAUUGCAAGGGAGCUUUAUACUCUAAAAAACUUCCUCUGGUGUCUAUAAUUAUACCUGUAUACGAAGAACAUUGGGAAACACUUAUUCGCACUAUUGUAUCUGUUUUAAAUCGGUCACCAUUGGAGCUUAUAAAAGAAGUCAUUUUGGUUGAUGAUGGCAGCUCACGACGGCAUUUAAAAGAGCGACUUGAUAACUAUCUCUCAAGAACCUAUCCUGGUGGUCUUGUUUGGGUGAUUCACUUGAAGGAAAGAGAAGGACUUAUUCGAGCAAAAUUGUUAGGUGCUAAGUUGGCAACCGGUGAUGUGCUUAUAUUUUUGGACUCUCACUGUGAAACUAAUGUGAAUUGGCUGCCACCUCUUCUUGAACCAAUUUCUAAGAAUUACCGGACAGUAACAUGCCCUUUUAUUGAUGUGAUUGAUGCUGACACCUUCGAAUACCGUGCUCAAGAUGACGGCGCCCGUGGGGCGUUUGACUGGAGUUUUUACUAUAAGCGUCUUCCAAGGUUAUCAGUUGACAGUCUUCAUCCGGAAACACCUUUUGACAGUCCAGUGAUGGCAGGUGGCCUGUUUGCUAUUAGUAAAAAGUGGUUUUGGGAACUGGGAGGUUAUGAUCCUAUGCUUGAUAUCUGGGGUGGGGAACAGUACGAAUUGUCUUUCAAAAUUUGGAUGUGUGGUGGGCGUCUAAUUGACGUUCCCUGUUCAAGGGUUGGACAUAUUUUUCGCGAAUAUCCGACAAAUUUUCCGCAACCAAAAGUAAAGAAUUUUCUGGGAAGAAAUUUCAAACGUGUAGCAGAAGUAUGGAUGGACGAAUAUAAAGAAUACAUAUACAGAAGUUUACCGAAAUGUAGAAAAGUGGACCCUGGUGAUUUAUCACAACAGCAUAACCUCAGAAAACGGCUUCAAUGCAAGUCUUUUAAAUGGUUUAUGACAGAAGUAGCGUUUGAUUUGACGAAAGCCUACCCACCUCCUGGAGAAGUCUUAUUUGCCACCGGAGAAAUACGUUCAGCUGCUUUCCCUUAUCUGUGUAUAGAUGCUGCAAGAGCCACCAUACGAUUACCGGUUAAAUUAAGUUUCUGCAGUGCAACUAGUAAAAGAUAUAAUUACACCCAGGAUUUUGAAUAUUCUUUGAAAGAAGAUAUUAAGGCUGUGAAACCAUCAUUAUGUUUAGGUGUACCAGAUACCAAACCUAACAAAGCAGUUCUAUUUCACGCAUGCCAUGGUCAAAAUGAAAACCAACACUGGCAUCUACAGUCAGUUUAUAGAAACAAAGAAAAUCCUAUUAAUAUCUUACAUUCAACUUCCGGUUUGUGUUUAGACUUAAAUCUGAAAAGUCUGUCAGUUUUGGUAAGACGGUGCAAUUCGAAUUUGCGUACUCAAAGAUGGAAUUGGAGGGAUUUACGAUUUAAAACUAUUUUACCAAACUUGUAAUAAGAAAUAAAUUGUAGUAGUAAAUGAGAUUGGUUAUACCGCUUAUGACCAUUUUUCUGUUUAUUUGUAAACUGCGAUAUUUAAAUUAUUUUUUAAUCAAAUGUUAUGAAAUAAAAGUCAUUGUUUUCCUCUCACAUUUACCCUCACUAUCUUUGACGUGGUAUACCAAGUGUAUGAGAAGAAUAUUACCAUCGCCUCUAGGUAUUUUUAUUUUAGCAUCUUUAUAUAAUCUCUUGAGAUUUAUUUAUUCUUCUGAAUAGAUUAUUUUACAUCAUACUACAAAAUCUUAUUGUCUCUAAAUUUCAUUUUGUGGAGAUUCUAUUUUCAUCGCUUUGUGAAUUUCAGAUGUAAAGUUUUCGCAUUAAAAUGUUGUUAUUAUUUUUGACGAUCAUUACUUUCCGGUCCUGUUUACGAGCAAAAUUCUUUUUCAAAUUGUUAACCUUAGUAUUUACCACUAGAUGUCCACUUCUGUCUGUUAUGCAAUGCUUUACUACAUAGAUUACCUAAAGCCCAACACCUGUCACUAAUAAAUUAAUUUAGCACUAAAAUCAGAGUUGACCUCAGAGUUCCCUUUAUUGGCUGUUCUAUCAAAAAGACAACCAGAAUGUUUAUACGAGGAUCGAUACAUAGAAAACCGAACCAAAACGGAUAGUAUACAAAUUCUCGUGAAGGUCAUAAUACGGUUCCAUUUAAAACUCCUUUACAAAUUGAUUAAGUUGUAAAUUGGUGUCUAAUCUGUUACACCAAUUUACAGUAAAAAUGAGGUACGUAUAUCUUUGCGCUAAUU